AUGAGGGAAUGUCGGUCGCAGCCAGUUAACGUCAAACUUUGGUUUCUGCUCGUACCGAGCUGUACGAGUAUCAUGUUGAUCGUCAACAUCAUUCUCUUUACAUCUGGGAUAUGUUUCGCCACGAACGUCGUGCCUUCGACUCGCGCUUUCGUCACGUCAGCAACGUCUACCAAAUCGAAACGCUUAGUCGUAGAUCCCGGCCACAAUAUCCGCAAUAAUCAGGAGCAGGAUACUCAAACUACACCGAGAAUCCCGUCGCCUCAGGAUAUUAACUUGAGAUCUUCGCCUCGUUAUGGAAACGCCAAGGCAACCGAUACUCCGAGAGCGUCUUACAGCAGCAAGAAUCACGGGCCUGGUUCCCACGCGUAUGGCAGCGUGCCAAAGCGACCGCCUCCCUACGUUUCUUCUCCCGUCCACCAGAUCAAGCCCGAGCAGAGUCAAAGCAAUUUGCUGGGCCCGUAUUUUGGCGUAUUGAACAAUCCCGACGUGUACAAGACCGCGAGGAGCGUCGAGAAACCGCUAGACACGUCCAAAUCGAUCGUGUCGCAGUCGCUCCAGAAGCUGCAGGGCAUCUACUCGCCUAGCUACAAUGCGUUCCAUCAGGACAGACCAAUUGAAUUAUCCGGCUUUUCUGACUUCGAGUAUCCCUCGUACACCAACAUCAAUAAGCUUAUCUCCCAGAGCGUUUCUUCUUCUCCUACCAUACAGGCACCGGUAUAUAAAAUGAGUUAUCCUCUAGCGAAAGUUACCGAUUACGCCAAUGUGUUCGCGCCGAGCAUUCCGACGGUGUCAAGCAUCACCCCGUCGUCGGACAAAAUAACUCAGAGCCUCAAGCAGAAAGAUGAAGCUACCGUAGACGUGAACGGUAAGAAGAUUUCGGUUCCGAUCAUUCAACUCCAGAGUAAUCUGGACUUCUCGCAAGUUUUGCCCACCUUCGAGAGUCAGCCGUUUCUACUGAGCUCCAACUAUCCGGUCGAGCCGGAUGUGGGAUUUAAGUUUGGAACCGGGCCAAAAUUCAACAUGGCACUCCAAUCAAGCAACGUUUCUCCGUUUUCCUCGCCCCUGUCGAGUUUCCAAGGUCAAGUUGUGCCGAUCCAGACGGCCAACGGUAGCCCGCACUUUCCGCUCUUCAAAGGCGCCAGCGUAGAAGCUUAUCCCGUUGCGAGUAAUGCUCCUAAAGCACCAGGCAAUUAUGAAUCCCUUUACAGUCAACCGCAAUUGCACUUUGACAAGGAACGUAAUGGCAACGCGCAACCGGUUAAUGUGCAACAAAACGCCGCUCAUCCUUCUGUUUCAACGCAAGGCAUUCUGAAUGACGUAGAGCUCAUCAAUAAGAAAAACCCAGAGCCGCACACACCCCAACCAGAUGAUGAUGAUGAUGAUGAACAUAGAGAUGACGAAAGAUACAAAACUCCGGUGAGGGAAUACGACCAGAGUUCCGAAGAUGACGAGGAUGAGCGUCAACCAGGAAAGUAUUUCAAAGCGUCACCGACGGAAAAUGACUUCAAACCUUCAACAUCUUACCCUUUCAAAGCAUACGAUGAGAUAUUUGGGAAGCAUAGAGUACAGUCUGAUGACGACGAUUUCGAGGAUAAACCGUUUUCGAGUUAUAAGAGUCAUCCGUCAUCGGACGAUGACGAGGAGGACGACGACUCGUCAUCGGAGUACCGUGGUGAAUACACUGAAUCCUCAAAACCAUCGCACGACUCGUACGAAGAAGAAAGUGAGGACGAAGAGGAAGAAGAAAGUCGCAAACAGGAAAAACGCAAGAAAACUAACGAGAGGUUUCACGAGACAGAACCAAAACGGUCCAAAUAUUACCAGAAAGACUUUGAGCAGGAAUUUGAAAAAUCUUACAGGGAAGAACUGCCGAAACAAGAAUACGUGCAUGUGAAAGAAGUGCCAGAAAUAGACAGUUACAUCAGUCCAAGUCCUUCUAAACGGCAACAAAAAAAUAAUCAAUCGCGUGUAAAAUAUGGGCAACCCAAAGAAUCGAAAAGUCAAGAGUCACUCACUUCCCGAAAAAAUCGCAAAGUACCAAAGACGGAUUACAAAGACAGUACCGCCUAUAGUUCGGACAUCUUCGCUAAAAAGACACCCAAAGUGAUCUACGAGGAGUUCUAUGGAUACAAAAAACCCGAGACCAAAAAAUAUUCUAAGCACGCGAAAACUGAGAAAUUUUCGUCCACUAAGAAAUUGCCAAAGGAAGACGAUCCUUAUGCUGCUAAGUAUUACAAGCUCAAGAGUACUAAGACCGACGGCGGACUCACCUCCAAAGAUUCAUAUUUUUCCGCGAACCACUGGAAAUUAAAUAAAAACUCACCCGAGAAAACGGCCACUAAAUCGAACGCGAGACAAUUGUCAGAUCCUGGUAACGGAGCUUCUUUUUAUGAGCCACGCGUAUUGAACGGCCAAGUGCGUUCUCUCACAAACGCAGAAAUUUUCCGUAACCUGAAAGGAAUCUAAACGAUGACCAAAUUAUUAAGUUAAGAAACAU